GUCGGCGCUCACCUCACGGCGUCGCGCAGAGAUCUUCAAUAUGGCCACAUGCAAUCCAUGCACGAGCGCCGCAGCUCGUCGGCCUCGACCUAUGCGGCUCAUGCGGCUCAUCCUGGCCUCGGGCAGGCGCUCGCCAGUCAUCUGGCGCCGCCUCCCUACCCGCGCCCCGACGCCUACGCCCGCAUCACAUCCCCCGCCCAACCUCCAGCCCCCCAGCCCCCUUCUCCCCACCAUCAGGUCUCGUUCGCCGCGCACACGUCCCCCGCCCUGAAGCGCAAGCAGCCUGAGCAGGCUCUGCUCACCCAUGCCCCGCCUAAACGACGGCGUGACACGACGGAUGACACGCCGGAGACCUACGACCCAGAUGGAGGCGGCCAGGGUGCAAAGCACUGGACCGACGACGAGAAGACCAAACUUUUCACCUGGCUCAUGGGUGUCAAUCAGGACGACCACUGGAGUUCUCUUCGCGCUACCAAGAACUCGUGUCUGCGCGAUUGCGCGAGCGAAGUCUUCGACAACAAGAAAACAUAUCAGGCGCUGAAAGGCUGCUACGAGCGGAACUUCAACAUCUUUCGCCAGAUCUACGCGUUCGAGACCUACUGCUCGCAGAACGGGCUAGGCGAUCUGUCUGCGUACGGAGAGACAGACCGCAUCCGCGAGUACGAGCGUCGACUGCAAAACGCCAAAAGGGCCGGGUGCGAUGUCGGUAACAUCAAUGCGCGCACUAUCGACCACUGGCGCCGCAUGGGCUGGUACGACCUGUUCUACCGUCGCUGGAACGGCGAUCCCGCCAUGACAAGGCCUGUAACCACCCGCAACUCGGGCGGCGGCGGUGCCAGUGUCGCCCCCGAACAACCAGACGACGAUGGGCCUGAAUAUCAGGAGCAGACAACGGCCAACCCGACGAUCUCCUUCAUUAACAUGGGCCCACCCCCCUCAGCCGCACCGCCAUCGUCUAUGCCUCCCCCUUCCCAGCCGCACUAUUCUUCGCACCAGGUCUCCUCGUCGACGCCGCAAUACUCGCACACGCCCGUCUCCGCCCCUGCUCAGCCGCCACCGCAACCUCAAGCUCAGCCCCAGCCGCCGGUGCCUCCACCCGUGCCAGCGCCAGCGCCAGCUCCCGCUCCCGCGCCGCCUACCCUAUCUUACUCAACACAACACGCCUCGUCGUCGCAACCCCAGAGCGAAUCCGGCGCGGUCAACGUGACCCUUACUCAACCGAUGCUUACUGCAUACUUGCAGUUUCUGCAGACGCAGACGCAGCAUCUUCAAAUGCAGACGCAGACGAAUAAGCUCAAGCUGGACUAUCUGCGGCGCAAAGAGGAGCGCGAGGAGAGGGAGAGUCGAGAACGAUACGAGGUAGAGCGCAUGCGGCUCGAGCGCGAGGAACGGGAGCUCGAGCACUCAAAGCAGGUCGCCGCCGUCAAGCAGAAGAGCGAUCGCGCAAUUGACUUACUAGGGAAUCCGGCGGUUGAUCCCUCUAUCAAGCAGGUCGCGGGUGACUAUCUGAAGAAGCUGUUCAUGGAGUAGGACUGUCAGUGGGGGUUUAUCGACAUGCCUACCUUUCUGUAUCAGUAAUCAUUACCUAUGUAUAUCACCAUAUCUUACUUACCUUAAGUAUCCCCUAGUCUUCAGAUCUGUUAUGUAUACUCACGUUGCUUCGAGCUACGGAAGGCUUGAC